AUGUCGCGAUUCCUUACACCAUCAAAAAUAUGCAUACUCCUUCUGGUUCAAUUAUACCGUGACGGAAAUGUGCCGUCCAAGAGCACGAUAUCGCUCCUUUCGUUCAUCUCCAAGCACACGAUACACAGAUCACCACUUAAUGCCUCCAACCACAGACCAUUGACUCCGCCAUCAAUCGAAGACUUCGAGGCUCUACUGGGAUCACAUCAAUCUGCGAUUCCUGGCCGCUCUCUGUACCAUCUGUUUGUCGACCACCUCUGGGCAAUUCACGACUUCGUUACCUUUACUGCAUUUCUCCAAGACCAGACGUCAGUGACGGCUUCGCUCCAGGAGCAGGUUGAGGGCAGCAAGGCAAAGUUCGUAUGCAGUCCAACAAGUCCAAUCGGUCAAUUUGUCAGAAGAUGCUAUCUGGAGUCUGUCCGGUUGCAAUUCAGUGAUGCCUACCAGCUCUGGGAGGAUUUGGUUGUUUUUCGCGAACCGACCAAGGACAACUAUGUCGAGCGGAAUCCCAGAUCGCCAUAUGCCAACUAUCAUCCGAAUGCAGCGUCAGCAAAUUUGUUACAGCCAGAUCAGGGUGAUGCGUCAGUGAUUCUUCUCGAUCGUAUGAACAAACAGGAUGGUCGACCUGCGGUACCGUCAAGUCUUGAUGAUGUCGAGAAGGUGAUGCACUUCCAGCUAGGGCAGCUCCAAAAAUUGGGUAGCAGGGUGUCGGACGAGAUGAAAGCUCAACUGAGAGCUAUGGUUGAACAAGGCGCAUCAAAGCCUUCGGAUAUGCACUUCAUCAAUUUCUUUGAUGCCUGGAGAAGUGGUGCAUACAACAAGGCUAUUGAGCUUCUUCAUCGUUAUUUCGAUUACACCAUGGAGAGCCAAGGCACAGACCACAUCAAGACAUACCACCAAUAUGCCUUGCUCCAUCUAGCAGUUCUGCACGCAGACUUUGGAUGCUAUGGUGAGGCUAUCUCCGCCAUGAACGAAUGUAUCGCGACCGCUCGUGAGAAUCAAGAUGCUCGUUGUCUGCACUUCAGUCUCUCUUGGCUUGCCCAUCUCCGAAAAGCAUAUCCCGAGUUCUCUCGCCUCGAGAAUGGUGGUGAGGGCAGCGAGCUGGCAGGCAACGAAAGCGACAUCAUCACCUUCCUGCAACAGAAAGCAGUGGAGAACAAAGACUGGGCAACCCUCAGUAGCUCUCUGCUUAGCCAAGCUGAAGUCAAUGUCGAAAGUGGUGGCAGUGUCGCGAGAGCUUUGGAACAGAUUUACCAGUCCAGCUAUCUCAACAGCUUGCACAAUGUUUCCAGCAUGAUACCCAGUCAACUCCGACUCCACUCGGCCAUCUUCAACAGGCUUGGUCAGAUGCCGCUGGCCGAACAUUACUGCAAGGUCAUGUACCAUGUUUUCAGCCAGGAUGCUUCGAGACCGGACGUACUUAACGUGGUGUUACAAAAUGCGCAUAUGCAUAGCAUCUUGGGUGAAACCGAAGAAGCAUACGAGCUUCUCAGACAAAAUGACCCCUCCAAGGAAAAGACAUUGCGUCUCGAUAACACAUUCACUGCUUUCGCUGCGAUGAUCAGUCUGAGACGUGCCAUCCAUCGCAAUGACUUUUUCGUCGCCGAAGAGUUCCUUCGCCAGCUGAAGCCCAUCAGGCAAACAGCAGACGCAGGCGUUAUUUUCGAGACACACGUACUCGAGAUCGAACUCUUGAUGCGGCAAGGAAAACUCUCCAGUGCGUUUGACUGCAUCGAAAAGCAAGUAGCUGAAGCAAAGGCUGCGGAUAGUGCAGAUAUUGUACGGCGCAUUAAGCUGUUGAUUCUCAAGGCAAGACUGUUUGCAAAGGCAGGGCUGCCGACCAAGGGCUUCAGCAUUGCAAUGCGAGCAGCUUCAUCAGCACAAAGAGCCAUGAUCAUGCCGGCGAUGUGGGAAGCUAUAGGCGCCCUGUCUGUCAUUCUCAUUGACCUUGGUGAAUUUGAUGCAGCCAGAAGUCUGGUCGAUGCCAUCAUGCCGCAAGUACUGGAAGGCGGUAACACAACUACAAUUGCACAGCUAUAUUCGAUCCUGACAGACUCUCAUGUUGGCCUUGCCGGCAAGACUUCCGAAACAAAUGCGAAAGAGAGCUCUGGUCACAUCGAUGCCGCAUUCAUCUAUCUCAAUCGGGCACACGACGCAUAUGUCAAGGUCGAAGACUUGGACGGCACCCUGGACAGUCUGAUGAAGAAGGCAAUGCUAUACAAACACAGAGACGACGAGGACAUGAUCGAAGAGAUGGAGCGUCUGUACAACAGCACGGUUCAAGAAGCCGAGAGAAGGCAAUUGGCAAUGCAUGGGCAAGGGGUCUAG